AUGAAAGUGGACAAGGAGAAAUUGAACGAUCCUCAUACCAAAGCGCAGCUCUUGUUGAGUGCUCAUUUCACUCGGACUCCGAUCACUACGGAUUUGUCUUCGGAUCAAAAAUUCAUUUUGGACCACGCGGUGCGUCUUUUGCAGGGUUUGGUCGAUGUGAUCUCCUCGUGUGGAUGGCUGACGCCGGCCUUGAGCGCCAUGGAACUGAGCCAGAUGAUCGUUCAAGCCACGACCUCCACGAGUUCUCCAUUGAUGCAACUGCCGCAUUUCUCCUUCCAAAUGGUGGAGAAAGCCAAGCAACUGGACUGGCUUAAGCUUAGAAGAGAAGAGGUGAUGAGCAUGGAGGAUGCUCAACGAGACAAGCUGUUGGAUGGCUUGUCUCAGUCUCAGCUCACGGAUGUGGCUCGGGCGUGCAAUCGCUUCCCGGCCAUUUCCUUGGAGUACAAGGUGAACUCUGAUUCGCUCACAGCGGGUGGCAGCGCCAAGAUCUCUGUGAAACUGACGAGAGAGGCCAUGGAGGAAGAAGGCGGCGGAUUCUGGUUGGCUUCACUGUGGGCAGUGGCUCGGCGCGAAGUGGGUCGAGCAUUGUUUGUGAAGGGGCUGGAUUUGGUGCAAUCGGGAUUGGAUCAGGUUACCGUUUCAUUGGAUUGGGACUUUGAGAGAUUUUUGCAUCUAGCAAGCUUUCUUUUGUUGCUUUCCCAUUGGAACGAAUUCUCUGGCAUCACUAGCCUCUUGCUGCGUAUCCUUAGAGCUGGCUUGCACUUGCUUUGGGUGGCGGUUCACCGUUGUGAAGGUCGGCGAGAGGGACCAGUGGGAGUUGAAACCGUUGUUGUUGGAGGUCACGCAUACCCAGAACAGGAAGAGCUCUUUACCUGGAUAGGCAUGGCCUUGGCUGCAGGCGGUCCCCCAUUACCAGUGGGAUCGUUUGUGUUGAUUUCAAGGCCCCCUGACUGGGACGAAGUGCUUGUGUGUGGGUUUGGCGAUAGCAAUCGAGUUGCAUUAUGCCGUACAACCAGCACAGACGGCAGCGAUUGGGUGUGGGUGUUGGUGCAACUUUUGGGCCUUCAUUUGCGUUUGCCAGUAGUGGGGGCACAUGGGUUGCGGACGGCUCCGGCCGGCAUAGACAACAACGACGUGAACUGGAUCUGCACCCCUCCGGCUGGUCUGAACCAAUGGCAGCCCACUGCUGCGGAGUUGGCCAAUUUGGCCACAGAGGCCAACCUGGUACUUGCUCAGGUGACGCCGGGCAGCCCGGGUUGGGUUCUCAACGCGCCUGGGGUGGGUGGCCCCAAUGCAGGAGGUGCAACAAGCAGCGGCUGCGCCAAUUGCCAGCCGGGCCCGGAGGAGGAGGAGGUUUGGCACAGGAGCGGACUUGCGGGCCUUAGAAGCAGCUGUCCAGAGUUUGCAAGCGAUGGCAUUGAGUCCAGGAAGACGUUCCGCUCAUUCCCGUGGCAGCAGCAAGAAGAAGACCCGCAAGAACAAGCGGGAAUCCCGGAAGAAGAAGAAAAAGAAGAAGGGAAAGAAGUCCUGGAGCAGCAGUUCGAGCGGCUCGAGUUCAAGCAGCCGUUCAAGGUCCAGGCGUUGAGAUGGAAAGAGAGCGGCAAGGACCGAUCCGUGCCGUAUGCCAGCCUUACUCACAUCGAUGGCCUAAAGUUCAAGAAGAAGGGCGACUUGGUGGCAUUCGCCACGAAGAAUCCGGGGGCGCUGACAGCACACUUUUUGGCAGGUGUGUACCAGCGGCUGUCGAAAGGACAGUUGAGCCGCAGCGGUCAGCUCCGCGAUGUGUCAGUGACAGCAUGGGCUCACCAGUUUGCCGGCCUGAGCGAGCCGAGGGACAUCAAGGAGGUGGUCACUUUAGCGGAAGUGCUAGAUGCAGUCAAUCGACGCGAGCUGGCGCAGGCACUCGACAUCAUCAGCCAGAGAAUCUUGGCCACCCAGCAGGCCCGUCAGAAGGGUGGGUCCUGGGAAAAGUCGGAGCAGAUCGAGUUGAUCGACGCUCGCAAGACGUUGGCGGCUACAGUUCCUUUGGCCGAUCAUGUGGAGCGCUGUUUUCCAGAGAUGGGCAAGCAGGUCCGUUUUCCAACAGCCUUGCUCUUGCCUGCUCGGAAGAGGCCCAGGAGAAUCAAGCGUGGUUACACCUGGGUGGCCUCUACGUAUCCCCAGCUAGUGGAGAGGAAUGUCAAGGCCCUUACGGAUGUCAUUGCGGUGGACGCCGAGCUCCCUCAAGACAAGAGGCUCCGCCCAGAUUUUGUAGUGCCUGAGAGUUUGCCUAUUUGGGGGUCAAUUAUAGAUGAUGUUUGGGCUUUGGAGCACACCGAAGAAUCCCAACCGGCCCUAACAGGUCCUUCCUGGUUGCAGCGCGCUGAGGAGGCAUGGGUCACACGGGGGGUUGAACCAAACACCAAAAAGUCUGUGAAUAGCGCCCUCGGUGAAGAGGUACAAGGCUAUUACGUUCAUCCUUAUGACCAUUGGGUUGGCGUGGCGCUUGAGAAACGUAGGUAUUUGUUUCAGGCAACCAUGAGCAUCUUGAUGAGACCACGAGUUGUGGUAGGGGUGGUGGACCGCUUGAUCGGCAAGCACAGCUUCGUGCAGUCCUGCCGGCCAUGCGUGAGGUCCAUCUUCGAGUUCACCUACCUCUGGAUUGCAAGCGUGCGCAGCCGGAGGCGAGACCUGGUCGUGCUACCCCAUGAGGUUUGGGUUGAACUAUGUUUGGCAGCCAUACUACUCCCCUAUGCACAGUUUGACCUAUCAAGUCCAUGGAGCAACCGGUUGGAAUGCACAGAUGCCUCGAUGACAGGCAUUGGGCGCUCCUUUGGCUUUGCUCCUACACCUGUGGUGCAGGCACUAGCUAGAGUAUUCUGA